GUGACUCUGGGGGUCCCGUUGUUGUCACUUGGGGGAAGCGCUACUUCCAGGUGGGGGUGAUCAGUUGGGGGGUGCUGGACGUUUGCCGCCAGCCCCGUGCCCCCGCCUUCGCCCGGGAUUUCCACAUCAAUGUCUUCGAGUGGCCCUUCGUGCCCGACCCCUUCCAGCAGCAGGCUGUGCUGUGCCUGGAGCAGGGCCACUCGCUGCUGGUGGCCGCCCACACCUCGGCCGGCAAAACUGCUGUGGCUGAGUAUGCCAUCGCCCUGGCCCAGCGCCACAUGACCCGGACCAUCUACACCUCCCCCAUCAAGGCACUCUCGAACCAGAAGUUCCGGGAUUUCAAGACGACGUUUGGGGAUGUGGGGCUGCUGACGGGGGACGUGCAGCUGCGCCCUGAGGCCUCCUGCCUCAUCAUGACCACCGAGAUCCUGCGAUCGAUGCUCUACAACGGCUCCGACGUCAUCCGGGAGCUGGAGUGGGUUAUUUUCGAUGAGGUGCAUUACAUCAACGAUGCUGAGGUGAGGUGGUACUACGCGGCCGUGGAGGCCAAGAAGGAACGAACCAGCAAACACGCGCAGACCUUCGGAGCCAAGCAGCCCACCAUGGGGGGCUCCGGCCCCGGGCAGGACCGGGGGGUCUGGCUGGCGUUGCUGGGGCUGCUGCGGGAGCGGGAGCAGUUGCCGGUCGUUGCCUUCACCUUCUCCCGCAGCCGGUGUGAUGAGCACGCCGACACGCUGGGCUCCCUCGACCUGGUCUCCAGCGCCGAGAAGGGCCGGAUCCGGCUCUUCUUCCAGCGCUGCAUCGCCCGUCUGCGCGGCUCCGACCGCCAGCUGCCGCAGGGCCGCCCGACGCGCCUGCAGUCCCAGUUCCGCCUGACCUACUCCAUGAUCCUCAACCUGCUGCGGGCGCAGGCACUGCGUGUCGAGGACAUGAUGCGGCGAAGCUUCUCCGAGUUCCCCCUGCGGCGCGACGCCCCGGCGCAGGAGCGUGCAAGGACCCCCCCCAUGGGGGUGUCCUCAGAGGGGUCCAGCCGCACCUUCACCACGCUGGUGCUGUGCGAGAAGCCCCCUGAGGAGGGGGGGCCGGCGGUGGACCCCCCCAAAGUCCCCGAUGUCCCCUACCCCGAGGACCUGCUGCUCACCAGGCUCUUCGUGCCCGAGGGUGCCUGCGGCCAUGUGCUGGAGAAGCUGCAGCCCGGGGACAUCGGGGGGGUCACGGCCAAGACCCUGCGGGUGAACCCCGAGAGGCUCCUGCAGGAGCUGCGCCCCCGCCAGGGCCCCCGCCCCAGAUUGGAGCCCCCCGGGAUGGAGGUGGGGGUGGCGGUGCAGGAGCUAGCCCGGCUGGCGGGGGGGGCCCCGGGGGGGCUCCCCCUGCUCGACCCGGUGGGGACCCUGCAGCUGCGGGACCCCGAGGCCGUGGAGGCGGCCACCCGUGCCCGGACCCUGGCCGCCUCGCUGGGCUCCUUCCAGUGCGUCCACAGCCCCCGCUUCCCCCAGCAGUAUCCCCAGUUUGCCGCCCGCCAGGAGCUGCUGGAGCAGCUGGAGCAUCUCCAGUUCCUGCUGUCGGACCAGUCGCUGCUGCUGCUGCCCGAGUACCACCAGCGUGUGGCUGAGUCCCCGGCUCGCAGAGUGGGGGGUCCCCCUCAAACCCUUGGUGACCCCUGA